AUGACUGCUUUAUGUUUUGGAUGGUUGAAAUGCACCAUUCCAUGGUUGACUAGUGUCUGCCAUUAUCUGUCCCAGUUCCCCAUGUACUGGUUCACUGUUCCUGCCAUCAUGAAGGGCUGGAUGGACCGGGUCCUCACACUGGGGUUUGCAUACACCUCUGAGAAGCGGUACAGCCACGGCAUCUUCAAGGUAAGUGAGACAAUCCCAUAUAGUCCCUGUUAAACUUCAAAUAGUUAAUCCUUUUCUGUGGUCCCUCCAUAUCAUUUACCUGGUUGUUUCCCUGUCUUCCUCCAGGACAAGAAGGCCAUGCUGUCCUUCACCACUGGAUCCCAUGAGUCCACGUUCAGUGCCAAUGGCAUCAAUGGAGACAUGAAUGUCACCCUGUGGCCACUGCAGGUAUGUUGGGCUUGGCUGACACUACCAGCAUGUCGACUGCUGUAGCAUAAUGCACUUUUCCUUUGCUCUGUUAUUCCCAUUUGACGUCUGCUUUUAUUACAAGCUUUUCACUUCCAGAUUGGCAAGUGCUCAUUUCAAUGAUGGGAGGAUUGCUUCAUUUGGACAAUACAUGUUUUACUAUCUACUUGCGCAUGUUUGCUAAACCAGUUAAUUGUCUUCCCCUGUAGAAUGGCAUCCUGCACUACUGUGGCUUCCAGGUUCUGGCUCCUCAGAUCUUCUGGGCUCCACCCCACAUCCCCUCUGAGGCUCGCUGCAGUAUGCUAGAGGCAUGGCGCACAAGGCUGGAAGGGCUUCUGGGAGAAACUCCGCUCUCCUUCACCCCCUCAGACAGCUUCGAUGGUGGGCGGGGCUUCCAGCUUAAAGAGGAUAUCCAGGAGAAGCAUGCAGCCAAAAAGUUCGGCCUGACGGUUGGAACCCACCUGGGCAAGCCCCUACCACCCAACAGCCAGAUCAAAGCUGGGGUGUGA